GUCCGGUUGCAGUGACGCGGUUGUUGACUCUGCUGUCAGGAGUCAGAGACGAGCCGAGGAGCCCGCGAGCAGGUGACGAUGCAGUUCCUUGGCCGCCUGUUGGACACAGUCUCCUCUGUGUCGACCCUCUUCACCAACCCCUACCGGGUCAGGGAGGUGCCGCUGUCCGACUACGGUGGAGCAGGCAAAGUCUUGCUGAAAGAGGAGGGGCGUAUCCUCUUGUACAAAAACACCCACUGUCAGUCAUGGGACUGCCUGCUCAUGUGCCCGGAGACGCCAUCGAUGGUCCUGAGGCUGUUUCAGGUGGGCUCGGAGGAGGACGCCAUGAACUGGUUUGCGCAGUAUGCUCUCAAGCUCCGGCCCUUCUACGAGACCCUUCCCCUGAAGGCGGAGGCCACGCAGCCCAUCGUGGACUGCAUCCGCAGCCACCCGGACUGGAGCUCUGCCCACAUCGCUGUGGAGACGGCCCUUAGAGAGUGUCUCAAACACAACUAUGUCCAGAGUCAGAUCAACUCCCGGAACGUAGCCGGUCAGACGCCGCUGCACCUGGCCUGUGAGCGUGGAGACCUGGUGUGCGUGAAGGAGCUGCUGGACGAGAGCCAAGCUCGGACUGACAUCAGAGACCGCAACGGAGAGACGCCCAUGCACUUUGCCGCCAAGCAGGAUUCUCCUGCCGUCAUCCAGGUCCUGUGCUCUCGUCUGUGCUCGGGCGUGAACGAGCUGAACAGCAACGGGGAGACGCCGCUGCACGUGGCCUGCCGCAUGGGACGCAUGGAGGCCGUCAAAGCUCUGUUGGAUGGAGGAGCCAAGUGUGGUGUCGUGGGAGGCACUGGCUAUCCCAUCCACAGCGCCAUGAAGUACAGCGAGAAGGGCUGUGUGCAGGAGAUCCUAAAAGCCGACCCAGGCCAGCUCCAGGCUGAAGACUCUCUGUACGGAGGGACGCCGCUGCACUGGGCCAAAACUGCUGAGAUGUGUCGUAUCCUGCUGGAGCAUGGCUGUGCAGUGAACUACCUCAGCAAGACUGGAGAGAGCGCCCUCCACAUUUUGACCAAGAGGGGGCGCUUUGAGGCGUCCAUGGUGUUGCUCACUCACGGGGCAAAUGCCAACCUGAAGGGGCAGGAUGGGAAUACAGCCCUUCACCUGGCCAUGAAGAUGGACCACAUGGAGCUGAUCAAAGCUCUGAUGGUGUUCGGGGCCGAUGUGGAGAUCCACAACGACCUGGGAGAAACCCCCGGACUGAUCGCUGCACGCACCAGCAAAGGUCCUAAUAGAAAGAUACUGCUGGACAUGCUGUGUAGUGUAGGGGUCCAGCGUUGCCACCCUCCCUCCCCUGGCAGCCCUCCCCCCGUCACCUUCAAGGCCAAGUCUCAAACUAUAGGGUUUGAGGACAUCAUGCAUGUGGGGGCAACGAUCAGUGCGAUGAGCAGAGGCCCGUCUGAAGUGGACGGUCGCAGAAUGGUGAAAAAGAAGAUGGACAGUCUGCUGUGUCUGGACGGUGGAGGUAUCAAGGGUCUCGUGUUGAUCCAGAUGUUGAUCGCUCUGGAGAAAGAGGCCGGUCGAUCAACCAGGGAGCUCUUUGACUGGGUCGCUGGCACGAGCACCGGGGGCAUCCUGGCCCUCGCUAUAGUCCACGGUAAGUCUAUGGAUUACCUGCGCUGCUUGUACUUUCGGAUGAAGGAGAUGGUAUUUAAGGGGUCACGACCUUAUGAAUCCGCACCGCUGGAGGACUUCCUGAAAAAAGAGUUUGGGGAGAACACCAAGAUGACAGACGUCCAAUACCCGAGGGUGAUGGUGACCAGUGUCCUGGCAGACAGACAUCCAGGCGAGCUGCACAUCUUCAGGAACUACAACCCUCCCUCCGUCCACAGAGAGGCCCCAUACACCACCACUGCCACAUUCCAACCAAUCACCAUCCCACAAGGAUGGGAGGAUGAGGAUGUGUUGAUAGUAGGAUUCACAGAGGAGCCGCCCAGAAAGCGUAGGAAGGUGACGGAUGAAGAACAACUGGUGUGGCGAGCUGCCCGCUCCAGCGGUGCUGCUCCCACCUACUUCCGACCAAUGGGCCGCUUUCUGGAUGGAGGGCUGCUGGCCAAUAACCCGACACUCGACGCCAUGUCAGAAAUCCAUCAGUGCAACAAAGCCUUCAAAGCAGAGGGCCACAUGGAGGAAAUCAAGAAGUUGGGUAUAGUCGUCUCCCUUGGGACAGGUAAACCCCCUCAGGUGGUGGUGAGCUCUGUGGACGUGUUCCGACCCUCCAAUCCUCUGGAGCUGGCCAAGAGCUUUGUAGGAGCCAAGGAGCUGGGCAAGAUGCUGGUGGACUGUUGCACAGACUCUGAUGGUUGUGCCGUGGACAGAGCCAGAGCCUGGUGUGAGAUGAUCGACACCAUCUAUCACAGAUUGAGCCCCCAGCUGUCACAGGAGGUGAUGCUGGACGAGGUGAGUGACGCGGUCCUGGUGGACAUGCUGUGGGAAACUCAGAUGUAUCUAUAUGAGAAGAGAGAUAUCCUCCGAUCCCUGGCCAAUCUGCUGCUGGAUAAAUGACCUCAUGAGAAAAAACCGCAGGGAGAUGGAGGCUGAGAAGACGGGACCAGGAGAAAAGAGGAGAUGGUGCAUAUCAGGAGAGGAUGAGAGUACCUGGUCAAGGCACAAAGCCAUUGGUGUGAUACAAAUACUGAAAUCUAAUGGAGGAAACAACUGACUUCACGUUGCGUGAUAAACAGCAAGUUAUGUAGCAUCGUGUGACCUUAUCACUGAGCUUAUCAUUAUCGUGGUUUAUCCUGUUUUCUGUUUGUACACCAAGCAGUGAAGGGCAGAGUGUCGAGUUUGACUUCCGGAAGUAUGUGAAUACAGGCUCAACGUGUGAGGGAGUGGUAUCAACAAAAUCACACAGGAUGUAACACAUGUCCGCUAACUGGUUUUAUGAUCUUCACAGUGUUUGGCCUCAAAUAGAGUCUGACCAGGUUCUAAUCCAUUUCUGAUUGGUUGUGUUUAAACUAAAACACUUUUCACCUUCUUCCUUCACAAACUCCCUGAGCUGACAUGGUGUUUGUAAUGAAGCACUUAGAUGAUGUUGGCAAUAUUAAAAAGUGCAGCCUUAUGUGUCUGGGACCCAAAUUUAAACCAUUGCAUAUGUCCACAAGUCCUUUUCAUGCCUUUAUAAUUUAUAUUUACUGACUUUGAACCGGCUAUCUAACUUCACAGGGACAUAUUUUAACUACUGUAAUGGGACUGGAGACUAGACUUGAAUUAUCAACUGAGUUGAAAGACAAAGAAUGAGACGACUCAAUGCAACCUGCAGAAGUUUAACUUGAAGCAACAUAUUAAUUCCUAUGUUUUUUUUGUAUGUGGAUUAAAUACUGAAGUGUAUACUGGUAUGAUAAUAAAAAUAUAUUAAUAUUUACA